AUGGAGCGUGUGUACUUCCUGCUGUUGUUGGUUUCCAGCACCCUGUGUACUGGGAAUUGCAGCCAUAUAGGGCCUGGGGAGAGCCUGGCCGUCUGUAGACCUGACACCUGCACCCUGAUCAGCGAGGUGGCUACUAUGAAGGAGAAGCUGUCAGCCAUGACACAAAAACAAAGCAAGUUGGAAGAAAACCUUAGCUCCAUGACGAAGGAGCUCGCAAGCAUCACAUCUGCAAGUACAGCAAAGGUGGCGUUUACAGCUAUUUUAGGACAUUCACUGGGUCCGGUUGGAGAUGACACAACAGUAAAAUAUCAGAAAAUCGUCUCCAACAUCGGCAACAGCUACAACCCUGCUACUGGCAUCUUCACCGCCAUGGUCCCGGGAGUGUACUACUUCAGAUACACCAUGUACAACAACAACUACGGAACGGCCAACUCGAUCUUGUCACUUAUGAUGAACAACCAAAAGCUGGUGUCGACCUGGGAUACUGUGGGCGGUGACGUCCACGACAGUGCGACCAACGCGGCAGUGGUGAAGCUGAAGGUUGGAGACAGCGUUUAUGUGAAGCUCUGGUCGAAACGCCAGGUCUACGACGACAGCAAUCACUACAACACAUUCAGUGGUUUCCUGCUCUUCACCUUGUAA